AUGACGUUCCGCCUGGCCUGCGCCUGGCUUGCCUGCCUCGCCUGCCUCUUGGCGCUCCAGGCUCGGGCGCUCGAGCAGGACGUCGACACCGACGGCAGCGCCGUCAACCCGGCCAUUUCGAGCACCGGCAGCUCCGGCUACGGCUGGACCGCCCUUCCCACCGUCGCGGGCGCGCGCAUCGACAACAAGACCGUCGUCGUCGGCGAGAACGCCACGCUGCUCCACUACAUCGACGCCGACUACGACCCGCAGAAGAUCAAGCGCGUCGUCAUCCAGGUGCACGGCGACAGCCGCGACGCCUGGAACCAGUGGCUCUACGCCGACCUCGCCGCCAAGAGGGCCGCCCAGGGCGGCACCGUCAAGCGCGAAGAGGUCCUCGUCGUCGCCCCCGAGUUUUUCGAAAAGAUCGACCUGGGCGCCUACCCCUUCAUCGCCCAACCCCGCCUCAAGGAAGAGGCGCCGCCGCCGGCGCCGGCCAGCGGCAGCGUUACCGAUCUCCUGCCCACCGCCGCCGCCACAUCGCCCGCGCGCAACGCCAACGCCGCCGCCAAGGCGACCCGGUCGGCAUCCAACAUCAGCCUCGCACCGCGCUCCGCGGCCCCUCCCGCCGAGCCCCUCCUCUCUGCGGCAGCAUCGCCGCCUGCGGGCCACUCGCACGCGUCUUCGCCGGGACCGGGCCCGGCACCAUCGCCCGCCAACCGCACCGAGGUGCUGCUGCCCCCGGACCCGCGCGCCAUCAUCGUCAGCGACACGACCGAGUACUUUAGCGCCUCGCAGGCCAUGAUCUUUGACGGCACCAGCUGGGGCGACGGCUCACCCGCCCUCAACCCGCUCGGCAACGGCGCCAUCGGCGCGUUCGAGGCGCUCGACGAGCUGCUCGCCUACUUUCUCGACGAGUCGCGCUUCCCGGCCCUCAACCGCGUCGUGCUGGCCGGCUUCAGCCUUGGCGGCCAGCUGGUCCAGCGCUACGCCGCCUUCCGCCCGGACACGUCCGACGACGCGCGCACCACGUUCUGGGUCAGCAGCCCCAACUCGUUUGUCUACUUUAACGACACCCGCCCGCUCAAGCCCAAAAAGGCGUGCAGGAACACGUACAACGACUACAAGUACGGCCUCGAGGGCGAGCUGCCGCCCUUCGUCACGAGCCGCACCGCGUCGCCCGACGCCAUCGUCGAGCGCUUCAUGGGCCGCGACCUCGUCUACCUCUGCGGCGUGCGCGACAAGAUGCCCGGCUCCGACGACUGCCCCUCGAACACCCAGGGCUCCCACCACGUCUCCAAGAUGGUCUACUGGACCGAGCGCGUCGUGCCGUACCUCGCCGGCGCGCCGGGCAACGGCACCCUCCCCGCCAAGAGCAGCGUCUACUGGAUCGCAAAGACGGGACACGAGGACUGGAAGAUCAUCACGUCCGACCCGGGCGUCUACUCUCUCUUCCUCCAGCGCUACAACGACGACGGCACCGACGCCGCCGCUCCGCCCAGCAACGGCGUCACCGCCACAGACUCGCCCACCGACGCCGACAACGGCGCCCUUGCGGGAAUCGCCGCGCCCAGCCGCGCCGCACUGCUCGUCCUGGCGCUCGUCGCCAGCGCGCUCGUCGUCGCAUGA